AUGAAGAAGGUCGCUGCAGCCCUUGGCGGCGUUUGGGUGUUGGGCAUCCUCCUGGGAUACGACUACCUCUGGCCUUUUUACUGGGUGUUGGACCUGCUCAGCAUGCUGCUCUCCUUCCCGCCGCUGUCUUGGCUGGCCAGCCCGUUCUCCUGGAUCUUCAGCUGGGUGAACCGAGGAGCGCCAAUGGUUCAGCAGACCGGUGCCGAACAGGAGCUCCGUCUGCCCAACGACAAGGUGCCCAAUUACCUGGAUCAGUAUGUUCAGCACUAUGGGGACGCGGCCCUCAUCUUCGCCACCCACAGCGGCUACCCGCAGAUUGUCAAUGCUCUGCUCUACAACCAGGAUCUCGGCUACUCGGAUCUCAUCGAUGCCACGGACGAGAACGGCAACACUGCCCUUCUCUACGCCACGGCCAAGGGCUUCCGGCAGUGCACAGCUGCGCUGCUCCGCAGCGGCGCCAAUCCCGACGUGGCCAACCAGGGUCACGGAGGGAGAACGCCCAUGAUGGAGGCUGCCGGGGCCGGCCACAAGGACUUGGUGGCAGCGCUUCGGCUUUCGAACGCCACCGUGGACGCCGUGGAUGACUACGGGAACACGGCCUUGCACUAUGCCGCCUACCAUGGUCACCUGAGUUGCGUCCACGAACUGCUGAAGGCCAAUCCACGGAAGGACAUCCAGAACAGCUACGGGCACACCGCAGCCAGCUACGCUGCCAGCAACAAGUUCAAGGCCAUCGCCGACGUCCUCAGCCGAGCCCCCUCGAAACGGGAGCUGGCCCAGCGAGCUGCCGAGGAGCAGGCGCGGAUGAAGAAGGCGGACGCCGACUUGGAGGCCGCCGAGGACGACGAGGACCUGGGCCCCCUGGCGGAGCUGGCGGAUAUCAUUUUGACCAUUUUCGCUGAUGCCCUGUAG